AUGGAAAGCUAUCAACCUCUUCUGGAUCCCCUGGGUACUAUUGGGGAUGCUUUGGAUACUGUGUGGGCAUCUGUCACCAUCUCCCGGAUGCUUUGGGUACCGCAUGGGCUCUAUCUCCCUUUUCUGGACAUGUUGGGCCCUGCACAGAGGUUUAGCUCCCUCUUUUCUAAUGUCAAGCUAUCAGACUCUUUUGAAAGUUCUGCCACAGAGAUUGACGUGAUCACUGAUGAUGGAUUGCUGAAACUCUUUUUCCGCCACCUUGAGUGUACUGUGGGAUGCCAGGAGAUCAUCCUGACGUUCUAUGGAGAGGUGGAUGAAGAAUGUGAGAAGUUUGAAAUCAAAGCACGAAAACUGUACUCCAGAAAUUUUACUUUUACUUAUGCAGGUACACAUCGGUUCAGGAUUCUGUAUAUAUCAAGUACAAUCAUGAUCAUUUUUAAUUACUAUUCUGACACUGAUAUGAAGUUAAAUACUGUGUUAUUUUUGGUUGGAAAAAAAGAUCGUUUGAGCGAAGAAGAGCAGCAGAAAUUUGCAGAGCUAUGUGACGAGACACGCUUUCCAAAAGAAAACAUCAGAUACGUGUUUGAGAAAGACAUUUGUCCUAAGUAAAGACGUGCAUACCUUGGGCCUCUGGUUUCUGCCACAGUAUCGGUGCUGGGCCCUCAG